AUGUCUGUCGCAAAAGAAUUCGAGGUGGCUAAUACUGAAUACGCUGCGUCCUUCAGCAAAGGCGGCCUGCAGAUCCCUCCGAAGCGGAAGGUGGCUAUCGUGGCAUGUAUGGACGCUCGUUUAGAUCCGGCUCGCGCCCUUGCUCUUGAGGAGGGCGAUGCCCAUGUGAUUCGAAAUGCCGGUGGUCGCGCAGCAGAUGCUCUGCGAAGUAUCAUCAUCUCCCAGCAGUUGCUUGGUACCCGAGAGAUUGUUAUUAUUCAUCAUACUGAUUGUGGGAUGCUCACAUUUACUGAUGAGGUGAUCCGGGGCAAAAUCAGAUCGGACCUUCGUCAAAACGCUGAUCAUAUUGCUUUCUUGCCGUUUGGCGAUCUCAACCAAAGUGUGUUAGACGAUAUCAAGGUGCUGAGAGAGAGUCCUCUGGUCUUGGAUGUUCCUAUCACGGGGUUUCUGUACGAAGUUGAAACAGGAAAGAUUGUCAGGGUCGGGGAUAAUUUGUGA